UGACAAUAAUCUGCACAUUUCCAGCAAUGUGAGGACUGUUUGCUCGUCUAAUAAGUUCUCAAUCGGGCCAUUAUUUUCCACUGCGCCAAGUUCGUAGUUGGGUGAUGUUUUCAUGCUGCAAACGUCGUAAACGUGAUGUCGAUAUAAAGUUGAUGAAAUUGAAAACUUGCUUUCCUGCACGAAAGUCCUCACGUGAAAUGUCGAGUGAUGGCUGACGAUUCAGAUGAUGAUUUUGUUUCGUAUGGAACUGCUCUAGAACCGAUAGAAAAUGAUGAGGCACGGCGCAAACCGGUCUUACUUGAGGAUCAAGUCGUGACGGACAAGCAAGGACGACGGCGCUUUCAUGGGGCAUUCACUGGCGGUUUCUCCGCGGGUUACUUCAACUCUGUCGGGACAAAAGAAGGAUGGACUCCCUCAACGUUCAUGUCCUCCAGAGGUCAGAAGACUGGUGGCCAGUCGAGGCAGAGGGCAGAAGAUUUCAUGGACGAAGAGGACCUAGGGGACUUUGGCAUUGCACCGCGCAAGAUAGUGACCACAGAGAAAUUCACUGGAGAAGGGAAACCACAGAAAAGACUUGCUCCCAGUUCAGGGCCUAGCGCCAUACCUGGAGAGCACCCACUACAGGAUCUGAUUGUGAUGAGCAAUGAGUCCAUUGGGGGGUGGCUCCUUCGUAAGAUGGGAUGGAGGCAGGGACAGGGCGUUGGGCCAAAGGUCAGGCGAAGAAAGAAGAAGAGCGCCCCCAGUGACCUUGACGUCAAGGCAUCUGACAACGACGAUGGUGAAGAUGAUGAUCCCUUCAAGGACUUCCUCUUUGCUCCCACCGAUGUCGAGGAGAUUGCCCUGCACCCCAAGGACGACUACCAUGGCAUCGGCUACCGAGGGCUGGACCCUUCCAUGGCUGGCAUGGGAGGGCACGUCGCACUGUUUGAAGAGCAACCGGUGUACAGUCGGAGCGGCAGACGUGGCAUCGCGGGACAGGGCUUUGGCGUGGGAGCCUUUGAGACCGCGGAUGACAACAUAUACGGUGUGGACAGUAUGUCCAACUAUGACACUGUCUUGGGAGGGGAGGAGCCAGGCGAUAGCAAUUAUGGGUGGACGGCCCCCAGGGGUCACGACAAAGCCAGUAGAGGAGUGUUAGAAAAUUUCAAGGUCUCAGCGCAGGCAAGACCACCAAAUAAGAUAUUUCCCCCACCGCUGCUGCCCAAAGACUUCCGUCCCUUCCACACCGUGGACAAGUUUGCUAAGGAGAACAGGCCGCCCCAAGCAGCGACGGAGUUUAAGAGCAGUCGCUUCACCCUCAGCGCCCUUCAGCGAGCCGCUAUACUCGGGGAAGAACAACUGCCUGAUUCCAAAGGCCAGUCCUCUGUCUUUGAUUUCCUCUCUGUGGAAGAUCGUGAAAAGUUAAAAAGCAGCAGUUCGUCUACUCAAGACGCAACUCCAUCUCACCCUAGAGGGCAGCAGAUACAAGAACCAACCCAAAGCCGAUUCCACCGUGCUCCGAGCCCCGCCCCGGCCGCCCCUGCUGCUAGUGACCCUCAGCGUCUUCAGGCGUUCGGCGGCGGGUUUCAGCCUUUUGCCAACGAUGCUGCCAAACAACAGAGAUAUGAGGAGUAUUUGGCUCGAAAAGGAAGUGGAAAAGACUCGGAUGUCGCGCCUCCGGCUUCCAACAUGACGGAAUGGGAGCGCCAGCGAGAGGCGGAGGAGUUCGUCCGUGCUUCUGCCCUCUAUAGACCCCUAUCGAGCAUGAUGGCGACGAGAUUCGUCACCGCUAAGCACAAAGACGAGGAGGAGACGGUGGACGUCCCAGCUGAAGAAGGGGGAGAUAAAUCGGACCAGGCCAAAGCGGCCGACCUGAAGAUGUUUGGCAAGCUGACCCGCGACACUCUAGAAUGGCACCCUGACAGCCUGCUCAGUAAACGCUUCAACCUUCCAAACCCUUACCCUGGGUCUUCUGUCGUUGGUUUGCCAACGGUGAAGAAAGACAAGUUUUCCGUCUUCAACUUCCUGUCCAUUGCCCCGGCGGCCGAUGAUGCAACAGCGCCCUCUAGCUCUGCAUCUGAGCUCGUUGGAAGUCAGCAGCUGAAAGACAAGGCCUCGCGGUGGGAUAAGAGACCCGCCCUUCUGGCAAAUGUGGGCGUGUCCAGAGAGGAGGAUGGGGCGGCGUCUAGUCAGACACAAGUCGAUCCACAGGCCGCUGACGAAGCAGAGACAGAGAGCCGGCCACCCAUGGACCUCUUCAAGGCCAUCUUUGCAGACUCCAGCUCCAGCUCAAGUGAGGAGGACGAAAGGGAGGGGGCGGAGCAAGAAGCGAUAGAGGGCGGGAAGGAAACGCCGAACAAACAAGAACCAAACCACUCAGAUGAUGGUCACGUAAGGUCACCUCAUCCCUCUGGAAUGGAAUCGGCAGAAAAACAACCACCCUUUGGAAUCCCAACAGCAAGCAAUGGACUAGAGUCUCCCCAAACUACUGCCAGAAAUCGGAGUGGGGUCCAGACUCCUCCCAUGAACUCUGAAUCAGAAUCUGAGGAAGUGUACGGCCCCAGACUACCGCCGCCUUCCUCAUCAGCAGCCAAUCAGAGUACAGGGAACAGGGGUCAAGGGUCAGAGGGAUUGCCCAGGGACACGAGCGAACACCGGCGGUCGAAGAGUCACCGGAAGGAAAAGCGGAGGAAAAAACACGAGGGUCGAAGCAGCAGCCGGCACAAGACCAGCAAGGAUAAAAAGAAAUCAAAGAAGAAGAAGAAAAUGAAGAAGAAGGAAACCAAAGUGAGGCACAAAGGUCACCACAGGUCAUCCUCGAGGUCAGAUCGUCAAGGUCAACACCGCACAGUCCCGGACGCCGACUACGAUGCCAGUGGGAGCAGCAGCUCGGGUAGCAGCAGUGAAGAUUCCAACUGAUGGUUCAUAAAAAAAUGUUAUCUAAAUAUUUUUUUAGUUGUUGCUAACUCACUGCUGUUAGUCGAGUCCAUCACAAGUCCAGUCAAAAGUAAAUCACAAGUCGUUACACAAGUCCUGUCACAUGCAACCUCGUUCCCAGGGUGUUGAGCAGCACGCUCCCACCACUACCUGCUCUCUCAUCAUUUGCAUAUACCCAAAAGUUUGGAUCAUGUAUGCAAAUUAGGCUCCCUGAAAGUGAUGUGUUCUGGGCGCACAUAGUAGUCUGGUGGUAAUACCAAAAUUUUACAUCUUUGUCACAUUCACAGCAUAGUCUCUUUGGUACUAGAUUUAAUAGCUUGAUUGAAAAAUCCAUGCAUUGCAAGGCUAUGUCAUGUUGCUGUCUGAACGCUGUCUGUACGUACGUGAGUCAAUUUUGAUAAAAAUAUUUUUAAAUGUUAAAGGAAUAUUACUACGCGUGGUGAAACAGUUGAGAUCGUGUUUGCAUACUUGUAAGGAUCUUAUUAAUAUUAAGGAUACAUAGGCCCUUUUGUUGAAAACGGAUGGUUUGCAUUGUUAAUAAAUAUACAUAAAUGCCUAAGACAGUCUACCGAUUCCUAUCGGUUCUUGUUGCUGGUUUUAAAUGGUUGAUAAAGACCGGCUGGCUGGUUUGAAACACUUUUCCCAGGGUCACAUGAAAUUUGGACUCCUAUGAAAUCCGGUGCCUUUUAGUGAUGCUUGCGCAAAUCUGCAUAUAAGGAGUUGUGCACCACUUUUCGCGAGAUGGAUUGACAUAUUAUAGCUGUAGAAGGGUGUUUAAAAAAAAUAAUUGUAGAACAAAAUCGUUGGAAAUGUAUAAUUUUGGACUUGUUUUGACCUUUGGACCGAAAAGUUUGGAUUUUUUUAUCGAA